AUGCAUUGGGUUACCUUCUUCUGCUACUGUGUGGUUAUUCCAGCCUGUGUUUUGGUUCCUGAAGUCUACCUCCCAAAGCCAAUAGACCUUCCAGCAACCAUCACCAUUCUGAGCACAGGUGGAACUCCAAGUAAUGCGAGAAUUAUUGGACUAAGAAAAGCUAGCCGAGUGAAUGAAUGGAUUAGAAUUAAGAGAAAGAACCAAACUCGAGGGUCAUUCUUGAUAUCCCGGUCCAGUGCAAGGAAAGUUAAAAUCAACACUGCCCUGAGACUUGAUGGAAGUGAAGCUGAAGAUGUUGAAGUGCCUAAAAAUCCUUCUGAGUUCAGUGAGGAAGAUGAGAAAGAAGUGCACAAGGAUAAUAAGGCUAUGAACAUUCUUUUCAAUGGUAUUGAUGAUGACAUGUUUGAUAGUGUUAUCAACUGUCCAACUGCAAAGGAAAACUCCAAGAGGGAGAAAACUGUGGCUCUUGUGGCAGAAAAGGAAGAAGAAGAAGAGGAGAAGGCAUUAAAGUCUGUGAUUGCUGGAAAGACCUCAAGCAGCUCUGCUUGUGAAGGAAAGAAGGAUGAUGGAAAGAAGAAAGGAAAAGUCAUUGAGGAAGAUGAAGAACUUUCAGCUCAAGAUGAGCUAGAUGAUCUUGAUGAACAUCUAGCAUUUCUUGCCAGAAAAUUCUCCAAACUCAAAUUCAAAAGAAAUGCUGUCAGCUCUAGACCAUUCAACAGAGGAAAUCAAUCCAAACCAUCUGGUAUGGUUGAUAGAUCAAAAUUCAAAUGCUUCAACUGUGGUCUACCUGGACACUUCUCUAAUGAGUGCAGAAGACCUUCUGCUGAAAAGAAAGGAUCCUCCUCAGAGAAUGUAGAUUACAGAAGAAAAUACUUUGAUCUACUCAAGCAAAGCAAGGAAAAGGCAUUCAUAACUGAGGAUGGUGACUGGGCUGCUGAUGAAGGUGAUUCUGACAUUGAGGAGCAUGUCAAUCUUGCUUUGAUGGCAAUUGGAGAUGAUGCUAAUUCUUCCACCACCAGCAAUGGACAGGCUUCUGAGCUUGCCAAAGAUGAGUUGUUGGUUGUUCUAAAAAGAGAAGAGAUUCUCAAAAAGCAAUUAGAAAGGGAACAAGAAAUUAUUGCUAAAUGGAAGGAUUCUAGGAAUGUUCUUGAGAACAUGUGCUCCACACAAGUUCUUGAGGAAACUUGUAAAAGUGCCUGGAGAAAGAACAAAAAACUGUUAGAUGAAUCUGAUCUCUUAGUGGAUAGUGAUCAUCCAUUGAUAGAUUCUCAAUCAAUGGAUGAAAGCUAUCCAUCAAAGAAUCAAACAGCAGUUGAUGAAAACAAACUCAAAAAGUUGGAUAAAAAAUAUGGGCCCAUCAAUAAGAACUUUGUGAAGGAAUCUGGUAGUUCCAAGAAGAUUGAAAAAGAAGGAAUUGGUCAUGGUGAAGAAAGAAUGGAAGCUGGAAAAGGGAAGAAGAAGAGUUCUAGGAAUGGAAAAGUUGGGAUCAACAAAAAGAAUGAUUACACUCCUGACAAAUAUGCUGUCAGAAAAACCUGUUCCAAAUGUGGUAGUGUUAAUCAUCUUGCUGUUAAUUGCAAAAAUGCUCUAUCUGAUCAUUGCAUGCCUAAUUCUAUGAUGAACUCUCACAUGUCAUACAUGCCUAUGUUUCCUUCUACUCCCAUUCAAUAUGCUAAUAUGCCUUUCAUGCCUAAUCCAUACUUUAAUGCUUUUAACAUGUCUGCUAUGCCCAAUUAUCAUGAUAACAUGAAUCAUGCUUAUGCAAAUCAAUUUUCUGUGAACUCUACUAAUGUUGGUUCCUCUAACUCUGCUGUGAUGUCUAAAGUUAAGAAGAUUAACUCUGAGGAUGAAGUUGUUUCUAAACCUUCUAAAUCCAAGGAAAAUAACUCUUCUAAACCUAAGGCUGUGUCUAACAAAGAUGGACCCAAGACUGCUUGGGGAGGUAGAAAGAAUCUGUGGUAUCUUGAUAGUGGCUGCUCAAGACACAUGACUGAAGAUUCUACCCUGCUCAGCAAAUUUGAGGAAAGAGCUGGCCCAAGUAGAACCUUUGGAGAUGACAGCAAAGGAUUUACCUUGGGAUAUGGCAUAAUUUCAAAAGGGAAUGUCAUCAUUGACAAUGUUGCAUUAGUGAAAGGGCUUAAGCACAAUCUGCUUAGCAUCAGCCAACUAUGCGACAGAGGACAUCAAGUUUGGUUCUCAACAGAAGCCUGUGUUAUCUCUGAUAAGAAAGAUAACAAAGUGGUUUUAACUGGAAAUAGGAAAGGCAAUGUCUACAUAGCUGAUUUCAACUCUACAAGUGCAGAUUCUCUUAUGUAA